AUGGCUGAAAAUGGCAUUGAAGUUGUGUUAGAUCACCUAAAAAAAAUCAAAUGCGGAGGCGAUAUGAAUAGCGUCAAGAUUGAUCAAAUUGAGACACUUGAAAUGGAGCUAAGAUUUUUCAGAACUUUUAUCAACUACUCUGAUACUUUGACUACUACAUACCUUAAUGUGGAAAGGCAAGUAUCACAGUUGCGGGAAUUUGUUGAAGGUAAUACUAGUUCAAGGUUGAAUUAUGAGCUGGAUGAUUUCCAUCUGUUAGAAUAUAUGGAUUAUCUCGAUAAGAAUCUAAAUGAUGCACUGAGGUAUCUAGUCAAGUCUGGCCGUGUUUUGAUAAAAGAAAUCAAAAUGCUUCAGAAGAAAAUGAGAUAUCUAAGAUACUUAUAUGGCAUAGAGUUAAAUGGUUAUGUCGACAAUGAGAAGUUGAAAGGCUUGCGUACCCGAAUUCAGUUUAUGGCUGAAAAUGUGGGACACUUCUGUCUUUCUAUUUGGGUUUAUAAUGAUGAUGCCGAUUUAAAAGAGGAUGAAGAAGAUGCCGAUUUGAAGGAGGAUGAAGAUGAUGCCGAUUUAAAAGAGGAUGAAAAUGAUACUGAUAAAGAUUUAGAAGAGGAUGGAGAUGAUACAUUUUGUUUCAAGAUUAAGCCUCCUUAUCUACUAUUCUUGGUUGUGCUAGUGGAGCUGGAAAUGAAGAAGAUUUUUCUAAGUGAGCUAAAGGCUUCGAAGUUAACUCGAUCAAGAACUUUCAAGGACAAGAAAUUACUAAAAAUAUUUUCACAUCAUCUCCGUAGUCUUCUGGUGUAUCUUAGAGAUAAAAAACCUAAGAACUUCACAACUGAUGUAUCUGCUCAAAACAUUGAUGAUGUGAUAGAGUUUUUGUUGGUUUUUCUCGGUGAAGUGCCAAAUGAUGUUAUUAAUGAAAAGAGGUUGAAUGAAGUCUUAGAAAUGAUUGGAGUUCUUGUGGGCGACAUACUAUGUGUAGUUCAAAUGCUUCCUGUAGGAUCUACAAUCAGAGAAGACACCAACAAGAUAUUGGAGAAAAUUGAAGAUCUAAAGGCACGAGUGGAGACGUACUACAAAUCCUUAAAAUUCAUUCCAUCUCAUGAGUUUCCCACUGGUGGUGGAUUGAGCUUUGUUGAUUCUCUGCUUAGAAAAUUGAAUGAGAUGUUGAAAUCUGAAACAGGUUUAGGUUUCAUGAUGAAGCCUCAUAUUGGCAUUUUAGAGAAAGAGCUCUCAUCUCUAACAUAUGUUUUUAAAGAUGCUGCAAAGGUGCAGCACGAACAUGAAGUUCUUAAAGAUUUUCAGAAGUAUACUGUCAAUUUGGCAUAUGAAGCUGAAGUUGCUAUCGACUUUAUUCUUGUUCAAUAUAAUGUUCUUGAACAUUUUUUUUGUUCACUUCCUGGAAUCAUAAAAGAGAUCAAGCAUAUCUAUACGGAGGUGACCAAGAUGUGGUCGAAGAACCUCUCCGUUAGGCCCUACUCUGUGGUUGAGCUAUCUAAACAUCUGCCAAUUGAAUAUAGCAAUCUUGUGAAUGACGAGGAGAUUGUGGGUUUUGAGAAAGCAGAAGAAACAAUAAGUCAUCAUCUGACUCGAGGGACAAAUAAACUAGAUGUCAUCCCUAUUGUUGGGAUGGGGGGACAAGGCAAAACAACUUGUGCCCGAAAGUUGUAUAAUAAUGUCAGCAUUGUUCACCAUUUUGAUGUUCGAGCAUGGUGCAUCAUUUCCCAAACAUAUAAUCGAAGAGAGCUAUUACAAGUGAUUUUCAGUCAAGUUACAGGUUCCAAGGACAAUGGAGAUAAGGAUGAUGUCCUUGCCAAACUAUUGAGGAGAAGCUUAAUGAGUAAGAGAUAUCUCAUUGUCUUGGAUGAUAUGUGGGAUUGUAUGGCGUGGGAUGACUUAAGGCUUUGUUUUCCAGAUGAUGGAAAUAGAAGCAGAAUAGUAAUAACAACUCGACUUGAGAAAGUCGGUGCCCAUGUCAUGCACCAUAUUGAUCCUUAUUUCCUUCCAUUCCUCACACUAGAAGAGAGUUGCCAAUUGUUGCAGAAAAAAGUAUUUCAGCAGGAAGGUUGCCCACCCGAACUACAAAAUGUGAGUCUAGCACUUGCAAAAAGGUGCAAAGGAUUGCCUCUUGUGGUCAUCUUAGCUGCUGGAAUAAUUAAAAGGAAUAAAGUGAAUGAAUCUUGGUGGCAUGAAGUUAAAAAAGCUCUAUUUUCCUAUCUUGAUUGUGAGACUGAAGACUAUAGUCAGGCAAGUAUGCUUUUAAGUUAUGAUAACUUACCCAAUUAUUUAAAGCCUUGCCUUCUCUACAUGGGGAUGUUUCCGGAGGAUGUGAGUAUUCGAGUGUCUAAAUUGAUAAGCUUAUGGAUCACAGAAGGAUUCAUUCAAAACAGUGAAUCUGGGAGAUUAAUGGAAGAGGAAGCUGAAGGUUACUUGAUGGAUCUCAUUCACAGUAAUGUGGUAAUGGUUUCAACGAGAGGAUAUAACAGUAAAGUCAAAUACUGCCAUGUCCAUGAUGUAGUGCUUCACUUUUGCUUGGAGAAGAGUAGAGAAGAAAAGUUUAUGCUGGUAGUGAAGUCAAAUCGUUACCAGUUUCGACCUUAUGAUUGGAACGAAAGUCGAGUGAGCUUCAGUUUUAAUAAUGAGCGUUCCAAGUUUGCAUCUCUGAGAUCCAAAACACGAACCAAGACUUUCUACCAACACUUGAGGUCACUGAUAAUGACGAAUGGAGUAGGUUAUGAGUGGAAUCCCUUCCGUCAUGAUGUUUAUCAAUUGAUACUUGUUAAGGUCUUGGAUUUAAGUUCUCAUAGUGUGGCUCUUUUGCGGUCAGCUCAAUUGCAACCACUCAUUCACCUGAAGUACCUCGCAGUUAACACACUUAGCUUUAGUUUUCAUCCAGAAUUUCAUCUGCCCCAUCUGGAAACUUUAUUUCUGAAUUGUCAUUGCGCGUCUACAUUGUUACCAGCCAUUUUUUGGAAAAUGGAAAAAUUAAGGCAUGUUGAGAUUUCUUCUGCUGAAUUUGAUUUGGAAAACAACAAGCAGGGGAUCUUAGAAGAAUGCUCUAAAUUGGAAAAUUUGAGGACAUUAGGGAAUGUUGUAUUUCCAAUUGAUCAAGUUGAUAGCCUGGAUGUGUUGUCAUGGAGGUGCCCUAAUCUUCAAGAACUUCACAUCUCUGUUAACGGAGAUAAUGAUUCUGCAGAGAUUUGUCUCAAAUUGGAGAGCUUUAAGCAGCUUCACAUACUUCGCCUUAAUUAUAUUAAGUCGUCCCAAGCUGUAUCCAAGCUACGGUUGCCUUCAAAUUUAAAGAAGUUGGUAUUAUACAGGAUUCAUAUAGAAAGCAUGAUUUCUGUCAUUGCGGGACUACCAAAUCUGGAGUAUCUCCAAUUAGCAGCUGGAGAUCUUAUUCAAUCCAAAGAAUGGAGCCUUGGAGAUAUCACAUUGCAUAAACUUAAGCUCUUGAAACUGGUGUCAUUAGGUAUCUCAAGGUGGGAUGCCUCGGAGGAAUCCUUUCCCCUGCUCGAAACACUUGUUAUAAAAAGGUGUGAUGAGCUCGAGGAGAUCCCCAUUAGCUUUGCUUAUAUUUCAACACUGAAACUGGUUAAGUUGAUUCAGUACAAGAAUAAAUUUCUGGAGGCUUCAGCUGAGAGAAUUAAGGAAGAAGUCGAAGCAAUUGAAGGAUGUGACCGUCUUAACCUCAUCAUUAUGGAAGUAAGUAGAAACAAACUCCUAUGUGCUGUUUUUGAGUAUCUACGUGCAUCUAAUUUGAUAACAAUAUGUUCAAUACAGGAUAGCUGGUCAUGA